UUGGGGACUGCGCGCCGUCCUUCAUAAGGCGCACCUUCGUUGACCCCUUUACCAAGAUAGGCAUUGGCCAAUUCGUGGUUGUGGUUGUUCGGCGCACCUCGACCGAGGAGUCCAUUCUCUAGACUCCUUUGUCCACCCGACUCCCGACCCCUAGGACCAUCUCGACGGGUCUCAUCGGGUCAUUGACGGACGAGGCGAUCAUGAGUUCCUCUCCUCAUUCCGGCACAGGCCAAGCCACCGAGACGGCAGCGCCGUUCACUCGGGCGCCACGGAGGACUGGCAAGCCCCAGCACAUGAACGGGCCGCUCUAUAAACAGGCAAACAGCAAUGUCGUGCUGGUUCGCCGUCCCAAGAGGAAGGAUGAAGGCCCAAUGAAGCAGCUUACCCGGUGGUUUGUCGACAACCAGAUUGGCUUGUCGUUCAACCUCCUUGCCCUCCUCUUCCUCGCCCAUGGCAUGCCCCGCGCCAGAGACUACACAGCCAAGUACUUCACUCUCUCGUACUACAACCCGAGCACGGAAAAAUAUGGGCUGGGCUGGGCCGAUGCCCACCUUGUCCUCUUCUGCGUGGUUCUCUUGACGGGCCUGCGCGCCGCCACCAUGGAGUACAUCCUCGCGCCCUUUGCCAAGUCGCAGGGCAUGUCCAAGCGGAAGGACAUAACCAGGUUCAGCGAGCAGGCCUGGAUGGUGGUGUACUACUCGGUGUUUUGGCCUCUCGGACUGUACAUCUACCGCCAGUCGCCGGCCUAUCUCAACCUCCGCGAGCUGUGGACUAGUUGGCCAGACCGCGAGAUCAGCGGGCUUAUGAAAGGAUACAUCUUGACGCAGCUCGGCUUCUGGCUGCAGCAGAUGAUUGUCAUCAACAUCGAGGAGCGGAGAAAAGACCAUUGGCAAAUGUUCAUCCACCACAUUGUCACGAGCGCCCUCAUGUAUGCCGCGUACCGGUACGGCCACACGCGGGUGGGGAAUCUCAUCCUGGUCCUCAUGGAUGUAUCAGACCUGGUACUCGGGAUUGCCAAGUGCCUCAAAUACCUUGGAUACCACACCAUUUGCGACAUCAUGUUCGGCGUUUUUGUGUUGUCAUGGCUGGUCGCUCGGCACGUCUUCUACCCGAUGGUGUGCUAUUCUGUGUGGGCUCAUACGCCCGAUAUUAUGCCGACUGGCUGCUUCAAGGGCACCAAGGAGAACCUCACCGGGCCCAUUGAGCCACCCACGGACAAGGGCGCCAACUACCUCCUAGAACCGCUAUGGGACUCGGAAAGCAUGUUCUGCUACAACGAAACGGUCAAGUGGUCGUUCCUGUCGAUGUUGCUCUUCAUUCAAGCCCUAGCUCUUAUGUGGUUUACGUUGAUUAUCCGAGUCCUCAUCAAGGUGCUGAACGGAUCCUCCGCCGAGGAUGUCCGGAGCGACGACGAGGGCGAGGACGAGGAGGAGUAUGUCUAUGAGGAAGCGCAGCCGCUCGAGGAGGAGGUUGGCGUCGAGGAGAUUGACCUCAAGAACUGGGAGCGGAGGACGGGCGUGAAGCGGCAGGCGUCGGCCACUACGGGUGUCAGCCUGCCCGGUCACAGCGACCGCAAGGAGCUUCUGGGGCGGAUCGGCUGCGAGAAGCAGGUCGAUUGAGGGGUUCUGAUGGUCAGAUGUUGAUUGCCAAUUUCCUUUUGCCGAGCGCAGCCUGGGAAAUGUUAGCGGCCGGGCUGCAGUGGAGAAAAGGGCAGUCAUAGCCGGUGUCUGGGUGGCUUUAGACUAUGGGAAGUAU